GAGCACUGACCCUAGGGCGGGAGCCGGAAGUCACCCGGUCUGACGUCACCUGGAAGCCGGGUUCAGCGACGCCCCGGGGGCUGCCGACUCUGCAGGGACAGGGUGCUCGCGGGAUUGCUGGUAGGAAACUGCUAAAGAAUACUGAGACUUGUGUUCCGGAGCGGCUUUCGUCUCUUUAAGGAAGCUGUGUUCGUCCGGCCCGCCUCUCUUUACCCGGCCUACGUGGGUCCAGAGACUUCCGCCUGACUUCCGCAGGACCGCCUCACCCCGACUUCCCACAAUGCCCCGUGCCGUUUCCUUGGCGACAGAACCAAACAAUGUAGGCCCAAGCUGUUAGGAGCUGGGCGGUGCCACAGCCGGUAGAUUGAGGCUCGCAGGGUAUCCCCGCUGUGAGUCGCGCCUGGCCAGCGACGCCAGGCCUCCACCUGCAGUGGGGAAAGGUAAUUCGCACGGCUUUCCUCAGAUUGUGCGGACUCCCCAGUCGCGGGGAAGGUAGUGGUUUCCAGCCACCUCGGCCGGGGUCCUCACUUCUGGGUCUCCGGCUCUCGUCCUCCUCACGUCCUUGGACAAUGUGUCUGGUGCCCUUGAUGCAUUGACCAAUACUUCUUGGAUAAAUUUGACCAUGGCUACUUGAAUAUCAGGUUUCCAUACAUGAAUAGACCAGUUCAGUCCCUGUUGGAGCAAUGCUGAAAUUCCGAGAGGCUCCUAAGUGUGAGAGUGGAUCAAUAGCCAUUUCCACUUCUCCACGGACCUUGAUUGCAAGAAGAUAUGUGCUUCAGCAGAAACUUGGCAGUGGAAGUUUUGGAACUGUUUAUCUGGUUUCAGAUAAGAAAGCCAGACAAGGAGAGGAAUUAAAGGUACUGAAGGAAAUCUCCAUUGAAGGACUAAAUCCAAAUGAAACUGUCCAGGCCAACUUGGAAGCCCAACUCUUAUCCAAGCUGGACCAUCCAGCCAUUGUCAAGUUCUACGCAAGCUUUGUGGAACAAGAUAGUUUCUGCAUUAUCACAGAGUACUGUGAGGGCGGUGAUCUGGACUAUAAAAUUCAGGAAUAUAAAGAAGCUGGGAAAACCUUUACGGAAAAUCAAAUAAUAGAAUGGUUUAUUCAGCUGUUACUAGGAGUUGACUACAUGCAUGAAAGGAGGAUACUUCAUCGAGACUUGAAGUCAAAGAAUAUAUUUCUGAAAAAUAAUCUACUUAAAAUUGGGGAUUUUGGAGUUUCUCGACUCCUAAUGGGAUCCUGUGACCUGGCCACAACUUUAACUGGAACUCCCCAUUACAUGAGUCCCGAAGCUCUUAAACACCAAGGCUAUGACACAAAAUCGGACAUUUGGUCUUUGGCAUGCAUUUUAUAUGAGAUGUGUUGUAUGAAUCAUGCAUUCACUGGCUCCACUUUCUUGGCCAUUGUUUUAAAUAUCGUCGGAGGGGCUACACCUACACUCCCUGAGAACCAUCCAAGAGAGCUCAACGGUAUCAUGCAAAGCAUGCUGAACAAGAGUCCUUCGUUGAGACCAUCUGCUAUAGAAAUUUUAAAAAUCCCUUACAUUGACGACAAACUGCAGCACCUGAUGCAUAAAUAUUCGGAAAUGACUCUGGAAGACAAGAAUUUGGAUUGUCAGAAGGAAGCUGCUCAUAUAAUUAAUGCCAUGCAGAAAAAGAUCCACCUACAGACUCUCCGAGCACUGUCUGAGGUACAGAAAAUGACUCCGAGAGAGAGGAUGCGGCUGAGAAAGCUCCAGGCAGCGGAUGAGGAAGCGGGGAAGCUGAAAAAGAUUGUGGAAGAAAAGUAUGAAGAAAAUAAUAAGCGGAUGCAAGAACUGAGAUCUCGAAACUUUCAGCAGCAGAGUAUUGAUGUUUUCCAUGACUUAGAUGAACCGGCUUCGGAGAACCUGCCUGAGAAUCAGCCUAUCCCUUCCCUGGAUCUCAGUGAACUUGAGUCAAGCUUAGAGGAUACCACACUUGACCUUGGAUAUCAUGAGAUCCCGGAAGACCCACUUGUGGCUGAAGUGUAUUAUGCUGAUGCGUUUGAUUCCUGUUCUGAAGAUAGUGAGGAGCAGGAAGGAGAAACAGGGUCCUUGGGACCGGAGGUAGAAGCCCAGGACGAGGGAUCCCAGCCUACUUCCAGGACAAAUCACCAGGACAGUGAUAUUGAAGCUUUGGCUGGGUGUUUGGAAAGUGUCCUGGGUUGUACCUCUCUCGAUACGAGGACCGUGACCAGUGUGACUGCAGACAUAUCCCCAGGACCAACCAUUUUCAACAGUGUGAUGGCCAGGACCAAGAUGAAGCAUAUGAGGGAAUUAGCCAUGCAGAAGCUGGGAGAAGAAGUAUUUGAAGAAGUCUAUAAUUACCUCAAGAGAGCAAGGCAUCAGAAUGCCAGUGAAACAGAGAUCCGAGAGUGUCUCGAAAAAGUGGUACCUCGAGCCAGUGACUGCUUUGAAGUUGACCAGCUUCUCUACUUUGAGAAGCAGUUACUCAUCGCAAGAGGAAAGGAACGCCCUGUCCAGAACCCUCACUAAACAAUUGUCAGAAGCAAGCAGGUCAAGUAGAAAAAUUUCAGUGGAAAUCCACGAAACAUAUAAGCUGAUUUUUAUGAUGGAAAAAGGGGUACAUAACUGUAACUGCUGUCUUUAUCUUCAGUUCUUUGCCAGAAGUAAUGACUGCUUGGGAGAGCAACACAUGUGGUGGCCUAUCCUUGGAGUCAUUGAUCAUUAAGUGUUGUUUAAUUUAUACUCUGCGAUAACCUUAUGGAUCAGAUUUGGAAUCCAGAUAGGAUUCCCAUCACAGGUGCCCUCAGUGUUUCCAGUGAGGUUGAAUCACCCUGUUGGUGGCCUCAGAGAAAGGAACCAGAUACCCUUUAUUAUUUCUAGCUGGAUAACAGAGUUUAGUGCCAGCCACCGGAAGUCUGUGGGAACUGUAAUCAGCUUGCUUGUGAAGAUCACUGGACUCUGGCCUCCAACAAGCUGGGCAGGCAGACAGUCCAGUAUGCCUGUCUUGGGUAAGCUGUUUUUGGUGCACUUUUUAAAUUUUCAUAACUGACAAGUGAGAAGUACUUAAAUAUAAGAACCUAGAUUAAAAUUUCCAAAGUUAUUCCUUUCUAUAACUUAUCCCCCAGAAUCAUUCAUGAGUCAUUGAAGAGUUUUAUGCAUAAUAAAUAUAUAUUUUAUUGCUACAAAAUAAAUCAUCUAUUUUCUCUGCCCAUUGUGUGAAAAUAUAUUGUAAGUGUAACAUAUUCAUGUAAUGGUAAUUGUUACUCAAGAAGAGAGGAAAGGGAGUGUGUCAUUAAGGAGAAACUGAAUUCACCCCAGGAAAGAUACCCUGGAGGCCCCCAAGCCCUUUUAUGACCAACCAGACUUCACGUAAGUCUGGAAGAGGAUGAACACUCAUAGAUUCCAAGUUAAUGAAAGUUUUGUGUUUUCCUGGUAAUGGUAUUUGUAACAUUAGAACAGAAGAAUGCUCGAGUGAGUUGCUGCAUCUGAAGAGGAAACUGGUAGAUUUUCGGAAUCUCUACUGUCUUUCAAAACAGAUUAACAUCUCCAGGGAACAGUGCCCUGCACCUUAGAACAUGUUUCUAAGAAGUCAGGUGAAGAUGGAAAAUAUCUUAUCCCUGGGGAUUCUUGCUCUAUACCACACCAGGCUUAUAAGAAAAAGGAGGUGGAAAGUACUAUUUUAUAUCAUGGUUUCAUGCCUUUUAAGAGAAGCUCAUUCAAGUUUACCUUUCCUGUGGUUCACUGGGGUGGUGAUGGGGAGCAAGAUUUAACAGAAUUUAUAGAAAAUAUCCCUAUAUCACUACCUUUAGGGAAAUUCUUUCUCCUAUACAUACUCUUAAUUUUAGGCCACUUCAGAGUAGGAAUUAAUAACGAUCCAAAAUGCAAGAAGGCAAGAAAAUUAGGUCAAGGCUAAAACUGUAGCAGCUGUGAGAGAAUAAAGGGACUCUGCUAUUUUCCUAGGAAAAAAAAAGGAAAUAUAUAUAUAUAUAUAUAUAUAUAUAUAUAUAUAUAUAUAUGAGUGCCAGUUAACCUUUCUGCUUUCUAUUUAUGCAAAAGAAAUGCCACCAGCUAUUUUGGGUGAUGUAGAGAUAAAAUGCACAAAGGAGAGUAAAGGAAGUUAAUUAUUUAAAUGUCUUCAGGGUGAAGCUGGUGCAGAAGCUGUAGGUCUGUUAUAAAAGAGUUGAGCCAUCACAGCAGGCUCAAGAUAAAGGAGGCUGUCGAAGUAUAGCUCAAUGGAGGGGGGACACCAUGGUCCUUUUUUAAAAUGAUGAGAUUACUAACUAGUGUGUCAGAAAGAAGUGGCCACCAAGAAAAUAAAGGAGCAGAAGUUAAGCAGAGAGAAAUGAAUGGAGAGGGAAGAGAAGGAGGAAAAGAAAGGGGGAAAUUGGAGUGGACACAAAGUAAAAAAUGUUUUAAAAUCCUUCUACCAUAGCCUGUGCAAGGGGAAAAAAACCCUGAGCAAUACUAGAUGACUUGGAUUCAAGACCUACGCUUGCCAGUUACUGUGUGAUAUGAAUACAGAUCAUAUAAUUAUCUUGUGAAACUGACACUGUGGUAGCCUAAUGUGUGUAAGUACUCUACAUGCUGUAAAAUACUCUCAAUCUUAGAGGAGGUACUGUUGCAGGCAACUGAAUUAGAUGGAAAUAUUACAGGCAGACAGGUCUAUGUCCCCAGAGGAGCCAGUGCAGAAGCCCAGAUACCUUGCAACUGUUGGAGAGACAGACACCUCCUGCUGUGGGCCAGGCCUCAAGACAAAGGAUCAAACAAAUGCACCCAUACCCUAAGGACUGAUAUUCUAAAUAGGUCUCUGUCACCCUGAGAAAGCCAGAAGCCACUAUCCCAACCCUCUAGGGAAGAGUUACUGCUUCUUAAGAGUGCCCACUUUCUACAUGACUCGCUUUCCUAUGUGUACCUGAUUUAAUCAAUUUUACUGGAGCAAUUAAUCUUACUGGUUAACCACAGUUCUGUCCCACCUUUUGCCCACCUUGUGAGUUCCCAGGUUUUCUUCAGGGUGAAGAAACCUCAUGAUUUUACUCUGUAAAAGUCCCUACCUUCUUGGGACUUCUGUCUCCCUCAGACAGAAAUCUGUUUCUCUCAAUAAAUACAUUCUACACUUAA